GCAUUAGCAUCGUCGCUUGCGCGGCCAUCAGGGCUUCAACAGCUGUCGUUGGGUGCCAACACCCUAACUGCAAGGGGCGCAGCUGCAGCGGCCUCGUUAGCUACUGGACUCAAACGCCUGGACUUGGAACUCAAUGAGCUCGGGGAUGAGGGCUGCAAGCUGGUGUCACAGAAGGUUCUACUACGUGUCAGCUGCACACUGCAACAUCUCGAUCUCAGCAUGAAUUCCAUCGGCCCCGACGGCGCCAUGUCUUUGGCCAGCGCCAUUAGGGCCAACUCGGCCCUCACGCGCCUCAACCUCGGCUACAACCGAAUCGGAUCUUCAGGGGCGGAGGCGUUGGCACAGGCGCUGAUGACCAACACGACCCUCAAGGUUCUCCGCCUGGAAGACAAUGGUGUGGGCGACCUGGGGGCAACUGCCUUGGUCUCCGGCGCAGCAAG